UCGCUCACGGAUUCACACCGGAACAGAUAGAUAUAUUUAUUCGACUAUUCAGAGAGGGUGCACGCUGUUUCGACUAUUUUAAUAUUGAAAAUUUAGAUUCUCCUCAAAUUAAAUUUUCGGAUAAACUGAUGUCAAUGGAGAUACCAAACAGAAUUGGACCAUAUUCUAAGGCAGAGAAAGAUGCUCUUGAACAUUUCGGGGUAGCUUUCGUGAUGGUGGAUCCAGCGAUAUUUCAGGAAAUUUUUGCAUCACAGAUGAAUUUUUUCUUUGAUCAGAUGCUUAAAAAUACCUCGUUGCUUCAAAUUCCACAAUAUUUUCUUCAGCAUAGCGAAACAAUAUCUCAAAGUUUUGCGGGGAUCCUUCUACGUUUCUUGGUCGAUAGAUUAGACAAACUUG